UCCAAGGAAGCGAAACAAUCUUUGAUCCUCUCGUACCUACGCGACAGCCGAACGUGCCACACCCUCAAGGACCUAGAGAAGAGUCUCCCCUCGGUGGCAUCCAUCAACGCCAUGCAUGUGAAAGAGUAUAUCCAGGCGCUGACGGACGAGAACCUUCUUCAUGUGGAGAAGAUCGGAUCUGGCAACUGGUACUGGAGCUUUGCGAGCGAGGAGAAGAAGCAACGCGAGAAACGCAAGGCCGAGCUGACCAAGGAGGUGGAUAAGGUCAAACGGGGCUGGGAGGAGGUGAGCUCGGAGCUGGAGAAGGAGCGGAAGAAGCGGAAGGGUUCUGGGCCGACCGAGGCCGACCAAGAGGGAAAAGAAGAGAGGGAGAUUGAUGAGUUGAUCGAACUCAGGGCGCGGCUGGAAAUGGAAAUCGGUCAGCUGCGCAGUGCGGAGAAGGCCUUGGCCGAGGAUGAAGGGGGCAAAGGGGUGGAUGCAAAGAGAGCCGACAUUCGGCGAUGGAAGGAGGCGGCGCAGACGUGGACGGAUAACAUCUACAUCUUGGAGGAGUACGUUCUCAAGGUCGCCGGCGGGGAUCGCGAGGUGGUCGAUGCUCUCAAGAGAGAGUGCUACGGGGUGGAGUAUGUUGAGGGAGAGGGAUUGAGGGAGAUUUUCUGA